AUGUUCCCAGGCUACGGCAACCCGGCUGUCCAUGAGAGGGACCAGAAAAAAUGGGCCCUCAUCCGCAAUGUCAACCAAGUUCUGAAAGCCACUACGCUCCUAUCGGUAAGAGACAUGCACACCAGCUCUUGGGUCUGCGUUGCAGGCUGCAAUUUUGCUUAUUUAUUUCAUAAAACUUCUACACCGCUCGGCCGUCAAAAGACCUCGGAAGCGGUUCACAAAGCCACGAAAUUAUCGCUUACCAUAGUUUAAGACUUAAGAAAAGCUGAAGUCACAAUGGGCUGAAAUUAAAACUCACACCAGCUUUCUGAGCACCUGGCUUCCCCGAGCAAAAAUGAUUUUAGCAGGCAUUGAAAAGCGUACAUUUUUGGCUCCUGCUUCGUGUCAAUAGGCAGGGAGUUCGAAAGGUGUGCUUCCCGCACUAAAAGAUCAAUUGCUUAUAAAUGCACAAUGGGUAUUACGUGGCACAUGUAAUAGUGCCACUUCUGCAGAUCAGAGGUACUCAGUGGGCGCAUUUAGGGGAAAGGUGAUCUCAUAGGCAAAUGGGUCCCAGGUUGUUAAAUACUAAUAGCAACGCCUUGGACUUUGUGAUAGGAAUUUUGAGGUCUUAGAUAUAUGGCAAUGUUCAUAACCGCACGUACAUAGAUCAGCACAGGAAGACCCACCUGAAGCCAUUUUGAUUCCUAAACUGAGCAAAUGUUUUCUCUGCAAGGUCAAAGUGGAAAAGCCUCCCCAUUGUCUUUUCCUUCACAAAUCCUGUCUUAAGGGUAUGUCUGUGUUUGAAUAGGGUGUGAGCCUGUGACCUGGCCCAGGAACUAAGUAUUUAUCACUACAAAAGAAUGGCCAGGCUCCCCAGGCAAUCCAAUCAAGUAACCUGCCAGACAGGAGAUAAAAAACAACAGGAGAAAACAAUAUUCAAAUUUCUGUUUUAAGACCGCCUUUUCUGUGAUGUAGGUAUGAUGUAUCUGAAGGGUGGUCUUAGGUUACAUACAUGUAUGUAUGAUGUUUCUGGGGGUGGUCUUGAUCUACAGGGUGGCAAUUUCAAAAGUCUUUAUAAGCCAUUGCACAGCAUUUUUGUGGGUCCUCUUCCUCUCCUGUGGGUGAGGGGAGCACCCUGUUGAAACAGAUCAAUAAAGAUGAAGCUUACUAGCUGCUUUGCUUCUCAAUAUUCUCUGGUUGGCCUCUGUUAUUCUCUCCUACCAAUAGGGAACCUACAUAAGGACUCUAUAUGGUCUCUUGGAUACCCCAUAAGGGAAAAGGGCAAUUUUUGUUUACAACAACUUCACCUGGUAGCAAAUUGACAACCCUCACCAGUGUCAGCAAUCGCGCUGCAACAUUCUGCACUAACUGCAGCUUCUGGGUCUCCAUAGAAGGCUCCACAUAGUUGGACUUUUGUUGUGUCCUGAUUUUCUGACCACCUUGGAAAGAUGAGCAUGGCAGAUUUUAGAGUCCAAAGAUUUUAGAGUUGUUUGAGAAGGAAGGAGCACAGCGCUUUGGGGCAGGGCUGGCGAAACUUCUUCCUAUUGUGGGGGACUUUGGGGGGUGGGCAGCCGCAGGCUAGUGGCAGGUGGAGCCAGAGCGGGGGGCAGCUUUGCGUCGUAUGCUUCAUUCAUUCUUCGGCUGUGGCACCUAGUUCUGAAACACCUUCCCUUUUUUUCCCCUCAAAAAUUUUAUUGGUUUUCCACAUUUUUAGACAAAGAAACAAACGCAAAUCAUAACUGAACUUGAUCCAAUAUUAAUAUUGGAGAUAAAACCUCCCUAAUGUCUUCUAAACAUCAGAUAGUUGUUCAUUUUCUUGACAUCUGAUGGGAGGGCAGUUCCAUAGGGAGGGCGCCACCACCGAGAAGGCCCUCUGCCUGGUUCCCUGUAACCUCACUUCUCGCAGGAAGGGAACCUCCAGAAGGCCCUCGGCGCUGGACCUCAGUGUCCGGGCAGAACGAUGCGGGUGGAGACGCUCCUUCAGGUAUAGAGGACCGAGGCCAUUUAGGGCUUUAAAGGUCAGCACUAACACUUUGAAUUGUGCUCGGAAACGUACUGGGAUUAUAACAAUGCAUGCUUGUAUAUUUGGUAGGCAAGGCUGCUUGCGGAUGCAUUUUAGAUCUCUUAUGCCCUGCCCCAUGUUAGUUCUUCUGGUUUAUGCUAAUUUUACCCUGGCUUUUGGCACCUGGGAUGUUCCUUUUCGCCUUAUUUCUGCAAUUUUAAGCACUGCUUUUAAUAUUGUGUUUUAACUGGGACCUUGGGGUGAAGGUGGAGUGAUAAAUUCUAAUAAUAGAAAUAAAAAUGACAACAAUUGUUGCCAGUUCUGCGCUAAAAUAGGAUAAGUGCUUUUUUUAAAAAAAAUGCCAUUUUUUGCGUUUGUCUUUUUAAAGGGAUGUUGCAAACCUUUUAGAGAUUUUCUCUGUGGAGCAGUGUCUAAACCACCUAAAGAAGUACCGUAUUCUUUGGUCCAUAAGACACACUUUUUUCUUCCUAAAAAGUAAGGGGAAAUGUCUAUGCAUCUUAUGGAGCGAAUGCGUGGUCCCUGGAGCAUUGGGUCACCCCAAAUUCACCAUCAAAUCACAUAUCUGUGGCCACAGCAUGAACCACAAAAAUCAUAUAUCCACUGUUUCGUUUAGACUCCCCCCCCCCUUGUUUUCCUCCUCUAAAAACUAGGUGCGUCUUAUGGUCAGGUGCGAAAAAUAUGGUAAACAAUGUGGGUGGGGUCGGGGAGGCGGAGCUCUUGGCACCGGAGGGCAGGGCCUAAAGCGGACCUGGAGGGUGGGUGGGCAGGCUUAGACCUCCCUUCAUUACCCUCCAUCCUUCUUGCUGUGUCCUUCCCUUUUCCGAAAUCAGCUUCACUCUCUCUGCCCAUCCAGCCGGCUCUCCUUUUCAAAUCCUCUCCAGAGAGGACAUGAGGACAUGGUCUCUCCCUGUGGUCCCGCACGCUCCUUGCUGAGUAGAGAGUCAUGGGACAAGGACAAGACCGGGCUGCUCUUUUGACCUCUGGUGACAGAUAAGAAGGGAAUUGUUCAGAAAAGACUGCAGAUAAUGGGGAAGAAAGCAAUUCAGAACUGCUGAAAGUUUUAGAUUUGAGGGAAGACCUUUGACAUGGCACCAACAGAAGAUCCCGGCUGAGUGAAAGGAGGAUCCUAUGAUUGCAAUUAAUUUUUGCAGGAAGAUCUAUAUCUAUAUAUUAUUAAUGUAUUUAAUUUCCUAUACAAGUCUCUUCCUAGAAAACAUCUUGAGGUGAUUUGAUGGUAAAUACCUCAGCAUUAAAAACAAGUAAAACACACAUUUCAUGUCAAAAGUUUUUUAAAAAAAUUGUCCAGUAGCACCUGAGAGACCAACUAAGUUUGUUCUGGGUAUGAUCUUUCGUGUGCACGCACACUUCUUCAGAUACACUGAAAUAGAAGUCCCCAGACCCUUAUAUAUAGUGGGAGGGUGGGGCGGGGGUUUUCUCGGGAGGGUAGUAGGAGAUGGGUGAUUGACUCAAUGGGUAUGGUAAACCUGUUGAUGACUGUUAACGACUGCAAUUAGUCCUACAGGGAUAGUAUGCAGAUGACCAGAAAUAACUUUAGCAUGUGUAAUGAGACAAGAAUCCAACAUCUCUAUUCAGACCAGGUCUCUCCAUAGUUUUCAGUUUAGCAAAGGUCAAGGGACCCCUGACCAUUAGGUCCAGUCAUGGCCGACUCUGGGGUUGCGGCGCUCAUCUUGCUUUUUUGGCCGAGGGAGCCGGCGUACAGCUUCCGGGUCAUGUGGCCAGCAUGACUAAGCCGCUUCUGGCGAACCAGAGCAGCGCACGGAAACGCCGUUUACCUUCCUGCCGGAGCGGUACCUAUUUAUCUACUUGCACUUUGAUGUGCUUUUGAACUGCUAGGUUGGCAGGAGCUGGGACCGAGCAACGGGAGCUCACCCUGUCGCGGGGAUUCGAACCACCGACCUUCUGAUCGACAAGUCCUAGGCUCUGUGGUUUAACCCACAGCGCCACCCGCGUCCCAUUCCAGUUUAGUAAUAAGUUGUAAUUCAGCAACUUUUCUUUCAAGUCUAUUUCUGAAAUUCUUUUGUAAUAAGACAGCAACUUUGAGAUCGUGUAUUGAAUGUCCUGGGAGACUGAAGUAUUCUCCUACUGGUUUCUCUAUCUUGUGAUUCCUGAUAUCAGAUUUAUGUCCAUUUAUCCUUGGGCGUAGGGUUUGGCCUGUUUGUCCAAAUGCCAGCUGAAGGGCACUGCUGGCAUUUGAUGGCACAUUUCAUGUGUGAUCUUUUCCGGUCUGCAUCUGUACAGUGGUGCCUCGCAAGACGAAAAGAAUCCGUUCCGCGAGUCUCUUCGUCUUGCGGUUUUUUUGUCUUGCGAAGCAAGCCCAUUAGCAGUUUAGCGGAUUAGCGCUAUUAGCGGCUUAGCGGGCUUAGCGGAUCAGCUGAUAAGCGGCUUAGUGGCUUAACGGAUCAGCUGUUAAGCGGCUUAGCGGAUCAGCUGUUAAGCGGCUUAGCGGAUCAGCUGAUAAGCGGCUUAGUGGCUUACCGGAUCAGCUGUUAAGCGCCUUAGCAAUCAGCUGUUAAGCGGCUUAGCGGAUCAGCUGAUAAGCGGCUUAGCGGCUUGAGGAAAAGGGGGGGAAAAGGAAAAAAACCCCGCAGGAACUCGCAAGACAUUUUCGUCUUGCGAAGCAAGCACAUAGGAAAUUUGUUUUGCGAAGUACCUCCAAAACGGAAAACCCUUUCGUCUAGCGGGUUUUCCGUCUUGCGAGGCAUUCGUCUUGCGGGGCACCACAGUAUUGGAAUUGUUGUUUUUUUUAGAUGUUCUAAUUGUUUUACAGUGGUACCUCUGGUUGCGAAUGGGAUCCGUUCCGGAGGCCCGUUUGCAACAUGAAAAGAGCCCAACCUGCAGCGGCAUGUCUGCGCACGUGCAGGUUGCAAUUUGCCGCUUCUGCGCAUGCGCGUGAUGUCAUUUUGCGCAUCUGCUCAUGCGCGAGCGGCGAAACCCGGAAGUAACCCUUUCCGGUACUUCCGGGUCUCCGCAGGACGUAACCUGAAAAAACGUAUCAUGAAGCAAACAUAACAUGAGGUAUGACUGUAUAUUUUGUGUGUACUGCCACCCUGGGCUCCUUCCGGAGGAUGAGCAGGAUAUAAACUGAAUAAGAAAUUUGAUUUCUUUCCUUCGUUAGAGUCCUAACCCACCUUUCUUCCAAGGAGCUCCAGGAAGCGUCAUACCUGGUUUUCCCCAUUCCUCACAACAGUCCUGUGAGGUAGGCUAGGCUGAGAGACAGUAACUGGCCCUAAGUCCCUCAGCUUCAUGGCUGAGUGGGGAUUUGAACCCUGCUCCUCCAAGUCGUAGUCCAGCACUACGUCACCAUUUCAAAUCCACUACAGAUACAGAUUCAGAUUUUUAAAAGCAGGCUUCCACUUGUUGCUAAAAAGACAAUAGAGAUGUAAUGUGAAAUAUACCUGCAUGUUUAGCGUGUUCAUUUAGAAUCUAGUGCCUUUGUUGUUGUUGCUGCUGUUGUUGUUGUUGUUACGGAGUCAUAUAAUCUCAUAAACUGAAGCCGUAGAACAAAUGUAUUUCAUUUUUUUAAAAACUCAUUUUUAUUAAUUUUCCAAUAAAAAACCAAUAAAAAACAAUUAAAAACGUUCAAUUAAUAUAUCCAAUCAUAAUAAUCCAAUUAAAAUCAAAAACUAAAAUAAAAAACCCAAAUUAUAAUCCAAAUUAUAAUUAUUGAUUUUUCGGAGCUCCCCAGACCUCUGAAGCAUAUCUCCACAUCUCCGUCCUGCCUCUCCUCGUUGUUUCCAUUUUUCCAGAACAAAUGUAUUUCAAAACUGUAAAUUAAUUUUAAUUCAGCUUUAACCCUCAAACGUCCAGCACGGAGCCUGUUCAAUAGCACUGCCUCAGCCUGGAUGGAAAGAGCAUUUUUAUUUCGGAUUAUAAACCAGAGGCACAAUAAUUUCAAAAAAGGAAAAGAAAAAAUCCAGCAAUUUUUUUGGGGAUUUGCUAGCAAUUGCUUUGUUAGCUUUCCACUAAGCUGGAAACAGUGUCUCUUUGCAAUUCUUGUUUAGUGGACAAGGGUCAAACUCAUGCAUCUCCUCCUUGAAAUUCUAGGUGCGUGGAGAGUUCAUGCAUCACAAAAGCAGCAAGAGAAAUGUGUGUUUGAUAUCUCUCUUCUGACCGUGUCUGGUGCCUUCAGUGUACAGCUUUUGUCAUAUGCUAAAGACUCAUCUAUGAUGAUGAUGAUGAUGAUGAUGAUGAUUAAAUUUUCUGUUUUACAAUUUAAAAUACUCACUUUUACAACCUUAAAAUAUCAAUGAGUUCUCUUUCCAUGGCUCAUUUUACAUAUCAUAAAUCCCUGCACAUUUUACAUAAGCUAAACCAUUCAGUAUUCCGUCAUUAUUACAUCCAUCAAAACUUAUUUACACUGUUGAAUUUAUCUUAAUGCUGCCAGCGUUUUCAGCUGUACACAAUUAUUUACCAUAUAUUCAACAAACGUUUUCCAAUAUUUUCUAAACGUAUAUUCUUCUUGUUCUCUUGUUCUAUAUGUUCUCUUGUUCUAUAUGUUAACAUAUAUGUUCUAUAUGUUAACUGCUAGCUGAGCAUAUUCUGUCAGCUUAAGCUUAUUAUUAUUAUUAAAGUUAUUACCGCUUCGCCUGCAGUCCUGCUCUCCUUUGCUUGUUUUCCAUCACAUUUCCUCAAAAAUUAAAUUUCCCCUUGUGUUUCCUUCCAGGGAGAUUAUGUAUGGAUGGACCUGAAGACCGGGCGGGAAUUUGAUGUUCCCAUCGGAGCAGUGGUCAAACUGUGUGAUUCUGGGCAGAUCCAGGUUCUAGACGAUGAAGGAAAUGUAUGUAAGAUGGAAAUGGAAAUCAACGGUCUUAUUCUGGCUGUGUCUUCCUCCAAGGUCUUGCUCUGCCGUUAGAGAUUUCCAUUUCGUAUUGAGGAACACGAGUGCUUAAGCAGACUCCAUUUGCAACCAGAUGUUCAGCAAAUAUUACCAUAUUUUCCACUCUAUAAGACGCACCAGACCACAAGAUGCACCUAGGAAAACAAGAAAAAAAAUAUUCUGAAUCUCAGAAGCCAGAACAGCAAGAGGGAUCGCUGCGCAGUGAAAGCAGCAAUCCCUCUUGCUGUUCUGGCUUCUGUGAUAGCUGCGCAGCCUGCAUUUGCUCCAAAAGACGCACACACAUUUCCCCUUACUUUUUAGGAGGGAAAAAGUGAGUCUUAUAGAGCAAAAAAUAUGGUAUUUUAUUAAAUCCACUUGCAAAUUGCUUCCCUGCCAUCUUUAAGUGUCCUGUUGGAAGUGCAACAGCAGGGAUCAUUCAGUUUGUAACUUGGGGGUUAAUUCUGUUCUCAGUCAACUACCUAGUACUCUGUGUGUGUGUGUGUGUUGGAAAUGAAGGCAUGAAGAUUACAGAGGCGGCAUUUUUUCAUCUCCGCCAAGCUAAGUAUUUGGCUCCUUACCUCUCUCACCCUGACCUAGCCACUGUGAUCCACACGGCAGUCACCUCCAGACUGGAUUAUUGUAACUCGCUCUACGUGGGGCUGCCCUUGAGACUGACCCAGAAACUCCAGCGGGUGCAGAAUGCCGCGGCGAGACUCCUCACGGGGUCCUCGCUGCGGGAUCACAUUCACCCGGUGCUAUACCAGCUGCACUGGCUCCCGGUGGAGUACAGGAUCAGGUUUAAGAUGCUGGUUUAAACCUUUAAAGCCCUAUACGGCCUAGGACCCUCGUACCUACGGGACCCCCUCUCCUGGUAUGUCCCACGGAGGACCUUACGGUCUUCAAACAAAAACAUUUUGGAGGUCCCGGGCUACAGAGAGGUUAGGCUGGCCUCAACCAGAGCCAGGAAUUUUCGGCCGUGGCCCCGGUCUGGUGGAACGUUCUGUCCCAAGAGACUAGGGCCCUGCCGGACUUGACAUCUUUCCACAGGGCCUGCAAGAUGGACCUGUUCCACCAGGCCUUUGGCCAGGGCACAGCCUGACUCCCUCCUUUGGUAAUUCUUCACAGAACUCUAGCCCAAUGGUUGCCAUUAAUUUGAUUUGAACUGAUUUUAGAAUGAAUUGAUUUUAGAAUGCUGUAUUAUUUUACUGUUGUUAGCCGCUCUGAGGCCGGCUUUAGCUGGGGAGGGCGGGAUAUAAAUAAUUUUUUUUAAAAUUAUUAUUAUUAUUAUUAUUAGCAAGUGCUCCAAUUGGCUGUGCAAUUGCAAGGAAGCUUCUCCUCCGCUUGUUUAGCAAAAACACCUUCCUCCUCAAAUUAUACGCUCUUUUUGUUCACUUUGCUCAGUAAAGCGUCACCAGGGCAUUCCUCCCUGGGCUCGGCUUGCGUGAUCUAACUGGCCCCGCGAACCUCUGCAAAUGCUGUUACACCUGAUCACGCUGUCAGCUUUUUCUUGUCUCUUUCUAACUGCCGGCACACUCUGCUCUCCCCCCUGCCCUUUUGCAGGAGCACUGGAUAUCCCCCCAGAAUGCCAGCCACAUCAAACCUAUGCACCCCACCUCCAUCCACGGGGUGGAGGACAUGAUCCGUCUGGGAGACCUGAACGAGGCAGGCAUCCUCCGCAACCUGCUCAUCCGCUACCGGGAACACCUGAUUUACGUGAGUGUUGCAAUAGGCCCUUUUGCUCCCUGUGUCUGUCCCAGACUCAUCCCCUCUUAAUCAGACUUUAUUUGUAGGAAAUCAUAACAACAACAAUUUAUUCAUUUAUUUGUUCUGUUAAUAUCCCACCCUUCCUCCCAAAGGGAGCCCAGGGUGGCGAACUCACCCAUAACAAUCCUUACCACCACCAUUUUAAAAAGCAUUCUGUUGUUGUUUAGUCAUUUAGUCGUGUCCAACUCUUCAUGACCCCCUGGACCAGAGCAACCCAGGCACUCCUGUCUUCCACUGCCUCCUGCAGUUUGGUCAAACUCAUGCUGGUAGCUUCCUGAACACUGUCCAACCAUCUCGUCCUCUGUCAUCCCCUUCUCUUUGUGCCCUCCAUCUUUCCCAACAUCAGGGUCUUUUCCAGGGAGUCUUCUCUUCUCAUGAGGUGGCCAAAGUCUUGGAGCCUCAGCUUCAGGAUCUGUCCUUCCAGUGAGCACUCAGGGCUGAUUUCCUUAAGGAUGGAUAGGUUUGAUCUUCUUGCAGUCCAUGGGACUCUCAAGAGUCUCUUCCAGCACCAUAAUUCAAAAGCAUUAAAAAAGCAUUCUAAAAAAGCAUUCUAAGGUAAAGGUAAAGGUACCCCUGCCCGUACGGGCCAGUCGUGUCCGACUCUAGGGUUGUGCGCCCAUCUCACUUAAGAGGCCGGGGGCCAGCGCUGUCCGGAGACACUUCCGGGUCACGUGGCCAGCGUGACGAAGCUGCUCUGGCGAGCCAGCACCAGCGCAGCACACGGAAACUCCGUUUACCUUCCCGCUAUAAAGCGGUCCCUAUUUAUCUACUUGCACCCAAAGGUGCUUUCGAACUGCUAGGUGGGCAGGAGCAGGGACCGAACGACGGGAGCUCACCCCGCCGCGGGGAUUCGAACCGCCGACCAUACGAUCGGCAAGUCCUAGGCACUGAGGUUUUACCCACAGCGUCACCCGCGUCCCUUAAAAAAAAAAGCAUUCUAAAGACAAUUAAAAGCAGUCUCUACGAUGAUGAUUUCAGAGGGGACAGUAUUAUUAAAUUAUUAAAUCCCUCCUGGAAGUGCAUGAUGGGGGAGACAGACGCAACCCACUGGGGUUACACAAACGGAGGGCUGCCACUGAAAAGUGUGGGAAUGUUGAGGAAAGUAGGAGAGGAUAUAUUGAUUCAGUAUUAUCCCUCCUCACUCACGCUAGUGAGCAAGCAGCAGAGCACACUGCGCAUUGCUGGAAGCAAGUUGAUGGAUUCGUUAGAAUCAUUUAAGUUAAGCAAUCCAGUCUGCCUUGUCCACCCUGGCUUGUUCCUGGUAAGUUUCACUUUUAAUUUCCUGAUAAUAAUAAUGGGCGGGAUAUAAAUAAAAAAUUAUUAUUAGGGACGCGGGUGGCGCUGUGGGUUAAACCACAGAGCCUAGGAUUUGCCGAUCAGAAGGUCGGCGGUUCGAAUCCCCGUGACGGGGAGAGCUCCCGUUGCUCGGUCCCUGCUCCUGCCAACCUAGCAGUUCGAAAGCACGUCAAAGUGCAAGUAGACAAAUAGGUACCACUCUGGCAGGAAGGUAAAUGGCGUUUCCAUGUGCUGCUCUGGUUUGCCAGAAGCGGCUUAGUCAUGUACGCCGGCUCCCUUGGCCAAUAAAGCGAGAUGAGCGCUGCAACCCCAGAGUCGACCACGAUAGGACCUAAUGGUCAGGAGUCCCUUUACCUUUACCUUAUUAUAUUACUAUUAUCUUGUAUGUGUGAGAAACAACCCCAUGCUCUUCCACUGCUAACUCCUGUCUCUGCUUAGAAUUUAAAUUUGCAUUUGGGUGGGGGGUGGAGGAGGAGAAGAGGGAGGCACAUCUUGCUGUGACCACAGUCAUCUGAGCACUCCGGCCUCGGCGCAGCGCAUUAACUUUUCAUUAAGUGCCUGAAACACUGUCCUGGAUAUCUGUCUCUUCUUAGGAGGUUCACCCUGAAGCAGCAAUGAAUUUUUCAUCAGAUUAGCAACCCUAGGCUCCUUGAUGGUUCUUACUGAAUCGCUCCCACACCCCGCAAAACCCAUACGCUCCGGCCUUCUUAAGCAAUAAGUCCCAAUGGACAACUCGUCAGCAUCACAUUUGAGGGUGCUGCUGUCUAGCUGUGUCUUUCAAAGGAGUGGAGCUGUCCAGAAGGACGUUGUAUUAAGGGGUAAAUCUAUAGGGCGCUGUUGCAUCAGCAACUGCCAAGCAUCAAAUAUUGGAGAUGUAGAAAUGGCAGCAAAUCAGCUCUUGGGCUAAGUUUAAGGGGCUGCUUUUGUUGAACGCAGCCCCUCACAGCCUGGGGACCUGUGUCACUGGACACGGGUGGCGCUGUGGUCUAAACCACUGAGCCUCUUGGGCUUGCUGAUCAGAAGGCCAGUGGUUCAAAUCUGCAUGACGGGGUGAGCUCCCGUUGCUCUGUCCCUGCUCCUGCCAACCUAGCAGUUUGAAAGCACACCAGUGCAAGUAGAUAAAUAGGUACCGCUCCGGCGGGAAGGUAAACGGUGUUUCCGUGUGCUCUGGUUCCCGUCACGGUGUCCUGUUGCUCCAGAAGCGGUUUAGUCCUGCUGGCCACAUGACCCAGAAAGCUGUCUGUGGACAAACGCUGGCUCCCUCGGCCUGAAAGCGAGAUGAGCGCCGCAACCCCAUAGUCGCCUUUGACUGGACUUAACCAUCCAGGGUUUUACCUACCUACCUUACCUUUACACAGCCUGAGAGACCGGGGUACCUAAAAGAUUGACUUGGCCCUUAUUUACCCAACCGACCACUGUGCUCUGCAAGCAAAGAAUUCCAGUGGAGACCAUCUUAUCAUGUUAUCAUGAAGCCUAUUCAGCACAGUAUAGGAGCUGGGCAUCUGUCCUUUGGAACUCCCCUCCCCAUGAAUGUUUGGCAGGCACUGGCUCUGUUGUCUUUUUCGCUGUCUGCUGAAGGCCUUCCUCUUCCAACCGAAAUUUGCAAUUUACCAAGCAAAAAAAGGUUCUGUCAGGUCUAAUAUCUGCAUAAAUCCUAUUCCCAGUAGAAAAAAGACAGUCACAAAACCGAGAAAUUGCACAAAACAAAUGAAAUACCGUGAAAAUCCCUGAAACGAGAAGUAAUCGACUAGAAAUAUUAUCUUAUGGAAAUAAACUAAAUGGCAAAAAUAAAAAAAAAUUAAGGAAAAAAUUAGAAAAACCUAAAAUUGAACAAAGCCUUAAUGGGAUGCCGGCUACAAACCUUGUUUCACUGAACUAUUCAGUUUCCUCAGAAGGAAAUAGAAAAAUCAUAAACCUUAAAUGACCAAAAUUCAAAAAAGGGGGUAGAACUCCCUAAAAUUCUGAAGUAUUAUAAUCCUAGCUCGACCUAGGAGAAGCAAAGCACAGUAAUAAAGGAAUGAGGACUCAAAGGUACAGUUUCUAAUACUGAAUUUACAAAAAGGUUUGAAAAACUGAAUGGCAAGUUUUAGACAAAGCCCAGCUUAAAAGAAGCAAAGCACAGUUGAGGACUCAGCUGUGAAAAUUCUAGUGUUGCCUUUACAAAAAGGUUUAAAAAACCUAAAUGGCACAAAUUCAAAGAAAGGAAUACAAGAUAAGCUGUUAUAGAUUUUAAACAAACUCAAGACUGGAUGGGGCAUUGAUGUAAGAUGCCAUCUCCAUGUCCCCUGAUUCUUUGCCCGCUUCUGAUCCUGGCUGCUGGCAGGUCAUGCCAGUCAAACUCAUGCCCCAAGUGAGGUUGAUGAGGCAGGUUACAAUCCCAACAGUGUCAUAGAUUUCUUGUACCGUAUGUUUCAGUUUGUGGUUUAUGCCUCUUAGAAAAUCACAUGCUCAGCCGUGGGACAGUGUAGGGCAUCCUUUUCCUCUUCCCUCCUCCUCCUCCUUUCCUCGGAUGUCUUUGACUUUGACAAAGAGUUUUGUGAUCUGCUGAUAACAGACAACAUGUUUUCCCCUCAAAUUUUAGACCAACUGCGGCGGGAGGGUAAGUCUAACUAGCCAAACCGCUGAGCCAUCCCACUUUCAUACACGCCAAACAAAAAAGCCUUGUCAUCUCAUUGUGACCUGCCUGGUCAUUCAUUGAUAUCCAUCUGUCUGUAUUUGCUUUAUAAACUCAUUUGUUUAAACCUCAUCCGCCAUUGGCUUGCUGUGCGGCUUUGCUAACAACAAGGAACUGGCAGCAAACUGUGUCUAAACGAGGGAGAAGACCGGUAUUGGGAGUUGUGGUGAUUUGUUUCUUAAUAUUCACGUUCUGGUGAAAUGAGCAUCACCAAAAGCUUUGCCUAACUGCCCGUGCAUGGCACCAUUUUUUGCAUGUACAGAAACAAUGGCACUGAGUAAUGAUGUGGUUUUGUUGUUUCGCUCCUUCUGCAAACCAUAGAAAAUUGGAGGGGCCUUUGCUCCUCACUAAUGUGCUCAUAUAACGUGUCUCAGCAAGGAAUUUCACCUCCAGCAUCUAUAGAGAUUAGAAAAUGCCUUCCUGCAAAGUCAUUGUGGAGUCCAGUACACUCAAAAUAGCAAUUUUCUGUUGAAUCCAUCUCAAUUUUAAAUCUCAAGAAACAUUUCAAAUGGAUUCCAAAGCAAUUUUCCAUUGCUUAGGUUGCAGAACAUAUUCUAAUUCCCCGGACUAUUUAAGUCGUUCAACUUCUAUUUACCUGCUCCCAAUAAACAUUUAUAAACAAUAGUAACAGGUUUGGUUUUCUGUGAAGAUCCAGUAAUUCCUUCCAGUAAUUUAGGGCACAUGGAGGCAAACAAAUAAUGUGUAUGAAAAAGUGGACAUUCGUUAGAGUAUACCACUGAAUAAAUUAAGAAUAUUAGAAGAAAGUGUGCGUACAACUGCAUAUUAUCAACGACAGUAAGACAUAAAAUGCAUUUUAUUAGGGAAAGUUGCUUGCAAAAGUGUGCGUGUUUUAAUGCCAAAUCACAUACAUAAAUAUAUAGGCACAUGAGGGCUUUUUAAAUAAAAAAAAUGCAAACUGCUGCAGAAAUCUAGGGAUUUCAUUUAACGGCUAGAAAACCGAGAAGCAGAGAAAAACUGAAAUUGACCGAUUCAUCCACCCCUAUCCAACGCAGCUGUUCUUACCUUUUUAUCUUUGUGUGAACAAGUCUUUCCUCUUUCCAGACCUACACCGGCUCAAUAUUGGUGGCUGUGAACCCUUACCAGCUGCUUCCGAUCUACUCACCGGAACAGAUCCGCCUCUACACCAACAAAAAAAUUGGGGAGAUGCCCCCACACAUUUUCGCCAUCGCAGACAACUGCUACUUUAACAUGCAGAGGAACAACAAAGAUCAGUGUUGCAUUAUAAGGUGGGUGGACGGAUUCCACAGGUGUGUGGCUGUCAAAGGCUCCAUCUCUUUGCUUUGAAGGAGCUGUGACUUCUUAUAAGUCAGGAGUUUGAGCUGCUGGUCCAUUUUACCCAGGACUGACGCCCAGGCCAAAGGUCUUUCCUCCCAGAUUUGCUAGCAGAGAUACUUACUGGAGAUUUUGGCAACAGACUCUUGGUUCUGGCAAAAGCAAGGAGCUUGUUUCGGGAGAAAAUUCCCUUUGGGGGUCCAGUCUGAAGGCUCACACUAAAUUCCCCCGUGGCUCCUAGAAGCUGUCUUUCACAUCUCCCUGUGUCUGGGACGUAGCUGUCAACUUUUCCCUUUUCUGGUGAGGAAUCCUAUUCAGAAUAAGGGAAUUACCCUUUAAAAAAGGGAAACGUUGACAGUUAUGGUCUGGGACAGGGCCAGAUUUAGGUUUGAUGAGGCCCUAAGCUACUCAAGGUAACGGGGCCCUUUAAAUGUCCAGCUGUCCUUUGUCAACAACAAAUUGUCGCUGUUUUUUGUGUUGAAUAUAUGGUAAUUUAUGGACCUAAUAGGUAUCUCAAGCCAUUUGCACAUGUUGCCAUGCAAGCAGUCCAUGAAGAAUGGAGGCACACUAUAUAUAGAAAGGAGCAAAACAGUGAUAUUUUUGGGAGCAGGCUGGCAGGCGGGGCCCAUGACUCACAUCAUAGGAGCCUACACAACACAAAACACUCUUGCUGUGUGUAGGUUUUAUUUUAUUUGUUUUUUAUCUUAUAUUUUUGAAAUGUAAGGUAAAGGUAAAGGGACCCCUGAUCAUUAGGUCCAGUUGUGACCGACUCUGGGGUUGCGGCACUCAUCUCGCUUUGUUGGCCGAGGGAGCCAGCGUACAGCUUCCGGGUCAUGUGGCCAGCAUGACUAAGCCGCUUCUGGCGAACCAGAGCAGCGCACGGAAACGCCGUUUACCUUCCCGCCAGAGCGGUACCUAUUUAUCUACUUGCACUUCAUGUUUUCGAACUGCUAGGUUGGCAGGAGCUGGGACCGAGCAACGGGAGCUCACCCUGUCACGGGGAUUCGAACCGCCGACCUUCUGAUUGGCAAGCCCUAGGCUCUGUGGUUUAACCCACAGCGCCACCCGUGUCCCACUUUGGAAAUGUACAUCCAGGGUUUUUUCCCUUUAAUUUUUUUGGGGGCCCCCAAGAGAGUGGGGCCCUAAGCUAUAGCUUGUUUAGCUUAUACGUAAAUCUGGCACUGCUCUGGGAUCAUGGAGAACGACAGAAGCGAGGAAAUUGGGGGCAGAGAAGCUUUACUGUCCUUCGUGUUGACGAGAUUUGGCCGUGUGGUUACACCCAAUUUUGUUGUUGUUGCAGCGGUGAGUCGGGCGCAGGGAAGACAGAAAGCACCAAACUGAUCCUGCAGUUCCUGGCUGCGAUCAGCGGGCAGCACUCUUGGAUCGAACAGCAAGUUCUGGAAGCCAAUCCCAUCCUAGAAGGCAAGUUCAUAAACGUGGAGAGGGAUGCUUCUUUGUAA